AUGCGUACCGCAUCUCUCACAACAGCAAAACUGCUCCUGACGCUCAUAGCAAGGCUGCCUCUUCUGCACGCCCUUCCUUACGGUGGGUUGUCACGAAGCGGCAGCUACUCUCCCUACGAACACGAUGACGAUACUCUGGACCCGGAAUCAUCUGACUUCUGGCUAUACAUGUUCGUCUCCUUUGUGCUCGUCGUGGCUGGCGGAGUCUUUGCUGGUCUGACCAUUGCUCUGAUGGGCCAGGACGAGGUCUACCUGCACGUCAUCAGCCAGUCUGGCGAGUCACACGAACGAAAGGCUGCUGAAAAGGUCCUGCGGUUACUCAAGCGAGGUAAGCACUGGGUUCUUGUCACCCUGCUGCUCGCUAACGUCAUCACUAACGAAACUCUGCCCAUUGUCCUCGAUCGAUGCCUCGGUGGAGGCUGGAGAGCCGUCGUCAUCGCUACCGUGGCCAUUGUCAUCUUUGGAGAAGUGAUCCCCCAGUCAAUCUCAGUCAGAUACGGUCUCUCUGUCGGUGCCUACUUUGCUCCUUUUGUUCUCGGUCUCAUGUACAUCCUCUACCCUCUGGCCUACCCCACUGCCUUGCUGCUGGACCACCUGCUUGGAGAAGAUCACGGAACCGUCUACAAGAAGGCUGGUCUCAAGACCCUCGUAACCCUGCAUCAGACCAUGGGAGUUGAGCGACUUAACGAGGACGAAGUGACUAUCAUCUCUGCUGUGCUGGACCUCAAGGAGAAGCCUGUGGGAACCAUCAUGACUCCUCUGGAUGACGUCUACACCAUGUCCUCCGAUACUGUCCUUGACGAGAAGGUGGUUGACCAGAUUCUGCAGGCUGGUUUCUCUCGAAUCCCCAUCCACGCCCCCGGAGAGCCGACCAACUUCAUUGGUAUGCUGCUGGUUCGAAUUCUCAUCUCGUACGACCCCGAAGAUGCUCUUCCCGUGUCCUCCUUCCCUCUCGCCACUCUUCCCGAAACCAGACCCGAUACUUCCUGUCUCAACAUCCUUAACUACUUCCAGGAGGGUAAGUCCCAUAUGGUCAUUGUUUCGGAGUCUCCCGGCGACGCCUACGGUGCUCUGGGCGUGCUCACUCUGGAGGACGUUAUUGAGGAGCUGAUUGGAGAGGAGAUUAUUGAUGAGUCUGACGUAUACAUUGACGUCCACCGAGCUAUUCGAAGAACCAAUCCCGGUCCUCUGUCCAAGCGAAAUCUCGUUUCCUACGUGCAGAACUCUCCCCGAAACUCCAUUGGCAACUACGAGUCCGUUUCUCACUUCCUGUCUCGAUCUCUUUCCCGAGAUGAGGCUGGCAAGGUCCAGCAUCAAUCUCACUCCAACCUCGGACCCCAUGGCAGCUCCCAGCUUGCAGCUAACCCCACAAUCACCGUCUCAUCUUCACCCAAGACUGGUCUCAAGCUUGGCAACAACACUGCUACUCCCCACGACGCGUCCGCUCCCGGCCCCUUCCAGAAGAAGCACCAUCGAAUCGAGCCACUCAACCUGGCUGCCAACCCCAAGGAAACCUCCAAUACUAAGGUGACCAUCAAGAAGUCCGGAUCAGGCCACCGACCCACCGGAUCUUCCGAUCUUGUCCAUCAUCCCGAUCACCCCGAGGGCGGAACUUCUACCCAGUACGGCACUAUCUUCGAGACCGAGCAGGGUGCUGUGGUUGAUGCUCUCAAUGAUCCCGAAAUCAACACUCGUCUGUCUCCUCGAACCGGCAUGUCUCCUCGAACCGCUGCAGUUAAUGGUGUGAACGGGGCACGGCCCAGCGCCAUUCCUUCCCGACCGGAUCUGGGUACCGAAAUCCACUCGUUCCGAUCCGGGGGCAUCAUCGAGUCCGUCGUCAACGUCCAGGGAGUCCACAAGACCAUCAUUGAGGCGGCUGUGUCGGAUAAUGACUUUGAAGAGGAAGAUAGCCCCAAGUCCUCCAACGGUAGCUCUCGUCGAGGAAGCCGCAGAGCCCUUCUCGACUCGUCCCCCUAG